GGCUGUGGUCCUACGAGGCACACUUGAGCCACCAAUGGCAUUUCAGCGUUUGAUCAAUGAAGCUUAUAGGGAAACUCCAGUCCCGAAAUAAAUGCAAAGACUGCUUUAUCCAAAGAAAGUCUGGACGGCUGUAAUUCCUGUGAGAGAAUAUGAUGGAGAAGACAUUCAUUCAUAGGCUCCUCGCUUUGUUUCCAAAUGCCAUAGCUCAUAAAUUACUGCUGAUGUGGAUGUUUAUCUUAGCUUUCUGGGUCAUUUACUUCUCUCCCAAAGACCACACAAAGUUCUUGUUCAGCUUGAGAAAUUCUAUUUCUCUGGAUCAUUGGAACACAUUCAGAAAUUCCACCUACCCAGAAGCCCCACCAAAUCCAGAAAUUUCACCAGCAGAGACUGAGCUGAGGAUAAAGAGGAUCGUGGAGAAACUAGACCAGCUGAUCCCACCCAGGCCCUUCACCAACGUGAGCUCCACCACCAGCGCCACACACAGCAGAGCCACCCUCCUCAGCCCUCGAGACACACACUGCAGGGGGGACCGGCUGGACGUCCUGCUGGAGAUGAGGGACCACUUGGGACGCAGGAAGGAAUACGGUGGGGAUUUCCUCAGGGCCAGGGUAUUUUCCCCAGCCCUGAAGGCGGGUGCUUCAGGAAAGGUGACAGACUUCAACAACGGCACCUACCUCGUGAGCUUCACCCUGUUCUGGGAGGGCCAGGUGUCCCUGUCUGUCCUGCUCAUCCACCCCAGUGAGGGGGUGUCGGCUCUCUGGAGGGCCAGGAACCAAGGCUACGACAGGGUGAACUUCACAGGCCAGUUUGCUAAUGGCUCCUCCCCAGUCUUCUCUAAAUGUGGCCUGACCCUUCACACCAGUGCUGAACUCUGUGAGUACUUGGACUAUCGCGACCAGGAAGCCUUCUACUGCUUGAAGCCUCCCCAAGUUCCCUGUGAGGCGCUGACCCACGUGACCACCAGGAAUGCAAACGUGUCCUAUAUUAGACAGAAAGAAUGGGCUCUUUUUGACAGGUCCAACGUGGGGGUUGAAAUAAUGAAGAACUUUGCCUCCAUCAAGGUCUUAGCGUGUGGCAAGAGUAAGAACAUAACAAAAUGUCAGCUCGGCAUGAAGAGUCCUUUCCCCAGUGGUUAUACUCUGAAAAGAAAGUGGAUUGCAGCAUUUUGUAAACAGAGAGAAUUAAAUGAAACAAAAACUAUAAAUGACUGCUUGAAGAGAAAACUUAUUUACCUAAUGGGAGAUUCAACACUGCGUCAGUGGAUUCAAUAUUUACCAAAAAUGGUAAAAACCUUAAAAUAUUUUGAUCUUCAUGGAGUUGGGCCAUUUAAAACACAUGUGCUUCUGGAUGCUGAAAGACAUACUUUGAUUCAAUGGAAAAAGCAUGGUCAUCCAUUUAUUACCCAAAGUCUGUACUCGGUAAAGGAUGAUAAUUAUAUCCCACGGGAAAUUGACCGGAUAGCAGGAGACAAGGACACCGCCAUUGUCAUCACUCUUGGUCAGCAUUUGAGACCCUUCCCCAUCAAAAUUUUUAUCCGUAGGGCCAUCAACAUUCAAAAGGCCAUAGAACGACUAUUCUUGCGAAGCCCAGAGACCAAGGUGAUCCUGAAAACUGAAAACACUAGGAGGAUGUUUGAUAAUGCAGAGAUGUUUAGUGAUUUUCACGGUUAUAUUCAGAAUCUUAUCAUGAGGGAUAUCUUCAUGGAUCUCAAUGUGGGUGUUAUUGAUGCCUGGGACAUGACUGUUGCUGACAGCACUGAUAAUAUCCAUCCUCCUGAUUAUGUGGUUGAAAAUCAGAUCAACAUGUUCUUAAACUACAUUUGCUAGAGGAAAAACACAGCAACAACAAAAAAACCCAGUGCUAGCCAUUCUCUGUAGAUGACCUCACUUAUACUGCAAGGGUAGUUUAAUACAAUCCAAGGUAGGAGGACACAAAAUUAAAAAGUUACUGUUGAAAUAAACAUAAUUUAAAAUUUACCACUUA